UUCAUAUCAUCACCUCACACAACACUCUCUCUGCAGCUCCUCCCCACUGCAUUGAACCUCACAAUGGCUGCCACCGAAGAGCCGCCAGUCUACGGUCUGACCGACCAGCAGCAAAUAUGGUCGCCCUUCACUGAAACCCGCUCGACCAUCAAGGAUCAGCCGCUCAGCCAGGAAGAGCUCUUGAAGACAAACUCGUAUUUUAAUGCUACUCUGUACCUUUGUCUCGGCAUGCUGUACCUCAAAGAGAAUCCGCUGCUGCAGGAACCGCUGAAGAAGGAACACAUCAAGCCGAGAUUGCUGGGACAUUGGGGUAGUGAUGCUGGACAGUCGUUUGUCUACAUCCACAUGAACCGACUGAUCAAGAAGUACGACCUCGAUGCGUUUGUCGUCUCCGGACCGGGACAUGGAGCUCCUGGUCUCAUCUCCAACUUCUACCUCGAGGGUGUCUACAGCGAGGUCUACCCGAACAAGAGCGAGGAUCUUGAAGGUCUUCAGCUGUUCUUCAAGCAGUUCUCUUUCCCAGGAGGAGUGGGCAGCCACAUGACACCGGAGACCCCGGGAAGCAUCCAUGAGGGAGGUGAAUUAGGUUACUCCAUCUCUCACGCUUUCGGAGCAGUCUACGACCACCCGCAAACCAUUGCUCUAACCAUUGUCGGAGAUGGCGAGUCCGAGACCGGGCCAUUGGCCACCAGCUGGCACAGCAACAAGUUCCUCAACCCGAUAACCGACGGUGCUGUCCUUCCAGUGCUCCACCUCAACGGAUACAAGAUCAAUAACCCGACUAUACUCGCUCGUAUCUCCGAAGAGGAGCUGAUGGCACUCUUCCGUGGCUACGGCUGGGAGCCGUACGUUGUGGAAGGUUCAGACCCGGAGACCAUGCACCAAGCCAUGGCAGGCACACUCGAACACUGCGUAGUCCAGAUCCGCAAGUUCCAGAAGCAAGCUCGCGACUCUGGCAAGGUCUUCCGCCCAAGAUGGCCCAUGAUCAUUCUCCGCUCGCCCAAGGGCUGGACCGCACCGAAGAAGGUCGAUGGCCACCAUCUCGAAGGCUUCUGGCGCGCUCACCAGGUCCCGCUCACCAAGGUCCUGACCGAUCCGAAGCAACUCCAGCAGUUGGAAGAGUGGAUGCGCGCAUACAAGCCGGAAGAGCUGUUCAAGGAUGGCAAACUCGUGCCUGAACUCAGGGAGUUGGCACCGCCAAAGGGCAAGCGCAUGGGAGAAAAUCCAAUCACAAAUGGUGGCACUCUCCGCAAGCCUCUGAAGUUGCAGGACUUCAAAGAGUACGGCAUCAAACUCACCAAGGCGGGUGUCGACCGAGCGCCAUCGAUGAACAUCUUCGCCACCUUCUUGAGGGACAUUGUCCGCGACAACAUGCAGACCUUCCGCGUUUUCGGUCCUGAUGAGACGGAGAGCAACAAGCUGUCCGAGAUCUACAAGGCUGGUAAGAAGGUCUGGGUGAACGGAUACCUCCCUGAGGAUGAAGAUGGUGGUAACCUCAGCCCGACUGGUCGUGUCAUGGAGAUGCUCUCCGAACAUACCGUCGAGGGUUGGCUCGAAGGCUACAUUCUCAGUGGUCGCCACGGCAUGCUCAACUCGUACGAACCUUUCAUCCACAUCAUCGACUCCAUGGUCAACCAGCACUGCAAGUGGAUCGAGAAGUGCAACGAAGUCGCAUGGCGCCAAGCCGUCUCAUCCCUCAACAUCCUCCUCACCAGCACCGUUUGGCGACAGGAUCACAACGGCUUCACCCAUCAGGACCCUGGCUUCCUCGACGUGGUCGCCAACAAAUCCCCCGAAGUCACCCGCAUUUACCUCCCACCUGACGCCAACUGCCUUCUUUCCACCAUGGAUCACUGCUUCCGCUCCACGAACUACGUCAACGUCAUCGUGGCCGACAAGCAAGAGCACCCACAAUACCUCUCCAUGGAAGACGCCAUUGCUCACUGCAGCAAAGGCGUCGGCGUCUGGGACUGGGCGUCAAACGACUACGGCGAGGAACCCGACCUGGUCAUGGCAUCAUGCGGCGACGUCGUCACCAAGGAAGCCCUGGCCGCCACCGCCCUCCUCCGCGAACUCCUCCCCGAUCUGAAAAUCCGCUUCGUCAACGUCGUCGACCUCUUCAAACUCCAGCCCAACGGCUACCAUCUACACGGCCUGACCGCCAACGAAUACGAAGCCCUCUUCACCUCGGACAAGCCCGUCGUGUUCAACUUCCACUCCUACCCGUGGUUGGUGCACCGCAUGACCUACAACCGCAAGGGCCAAGAGCGCAUGCACGUCCGCGGAUACAAGGAAAAGGGCAACAUCGACACGCCGCUGGAAUUGGCCAUUCGCAACGAUGCGGAUCGUUUCUCGCUGGCGAUUCUGGCGAUUGACAACUUGAAGGGUGUGUUGGGCAACAAGGGCGCGGGACCGAGGGAGAAGCUGAUCGAUACGAGGACGAGGGCGGCGAAUUUCUCGUAUGAGACCGGUUUGGACCCGGAGGAGUUUACGGAUUGGAAGUGGCCUUACUGAACGGUCGAUGAAAGGCAGGUGC